UGGUUUGAACGCGGGGAAGACCACGAUGGGGUUGUUUUACAGCACAAGCCAGACAGAACCUUCUCCAUGCAACUUACUCACCGUAAAAAUCAUACGGAUGAAAAAUGCCAGGAAAGCAGACCUGUUAACCCAGUCGGAUUGCUAUGUGAGCCUGAGACUGCCAACAGCUUCGGUGCAGAAUUUCCGAACGAAAACAAUUCCUAACACCAAGAACCCAACAUGGAAUGAGACCUUCCACUUUACGAUUCAGAGCCAGGUUAAGAACAUUCUGGAGCUGAAAGUUUGUGAUGAGGACAACGUAACUCAAGAUGACCAUCUCCUCACUGUUUUCUUUGAUGUCUCCAAAAUCCAGCUUGGAGAAAACAUUCAGCUGAGUUUCCAGUUGAAUCCACAGGGAAAAGAGGAGCUGGAGGUUGAAUUCACAAUGGAGAGUAGUCCGGAUCCUCCUGAAAACAUUGUUACUAAUGGCGUUUUAGUGUCCCGUGAAGUUGCUUGUCUGGAGGUGCAGGUGAAUGGUGGCAGGCUGAGAAAGGACAGCACAGAGAGAAAAUUUGCGCUGACAGUGGAUGGCUCAUAUGAGGGGAUGCAGACCCACACGCUGAACUCAUGCCUAUGUGCGGCUGCACCAGCGAGGUUCCACUACAUCAAACACCAUCAGUCGGCGCUGACUGUGUCACUGCCACGGCGCAGGCGGCUCAGUAGGUCUGUAUCAAGUCAAAAUGAAAGGGAUAUGAAUGAGUCUGUGACUCUAGCUCUGAACUUGCUUCCUAUACAAGAGAAAAUAACUAUAGCAGAGGACAGGACAAUUGACUUGUAUGCAAAAGCAAAUGAAUGGACCCAGGGUUUGUGCUUCAGGCCAAGAAACCUAGAUGCUCGUCUGGGUUUUGACCUGUGCAUGGAUGAAAAGAACUUCCUGCAAAAUCGGAGAAAGGUGGUUGCUGCUGCACUGAAAGAUGUUCUUCAUCUGGAAGAGGACUUACAAGACCAUGAGGUCCCUAUAGUGGCUGUGACAACAGCAGGGUGUGGGAUAAGAGCACUGACAGGAAUGUAUGGCAGCAUGUUGGGUCUUCAAAAGUUGCGUGUUCUGGAUUGUGUUUCAUACAUCAGUGGCUCAUCUGGCACAACAUGGACCAUGUCAAAACUGUAUGAAGAUGCUGAGUGGUCACAUAAGGAUCUUGGAGAAAUAAUUAUUGAAGCUCGAAAGCAAGCAGCCAAGUGCAAGAUGAGUGCUUUUUGCUUGAGAAGUCUGAGGAAUUAUUACAAAGAGCUGAGUCAAAGGACCCAAGCAGGACAUAAAACAUCUUUUAUUGAUCUGUGGGGACUUAUGAUUGAAUCGAUGUUAAAUGAUGGGAAAUGCUACCACAGGCUUUCUGAUCAACGUCGAGCAGUGAACCAGGGCCAGAAUCCAUUGCCCAUCUACCUUGCCCUGAAUGUCAAGGAUAAAGUUACUACCAAAGAUUUUAGAGAGUGGGUAGAGUUCACGCCCUACGAGGUGGGCUUCCUGAAGUAUGGUGCCUUCAUUCGUGCAGAGGAUUUUGGCAGUGAAUUCUUCAUGGGUCGCUUGAUGAAGAAGCUCCCUGAGUCCCGAAUCUGCUUCAUGCAAGGAAUGUGGAGUAGUAUCUUCUCCAAAAACCUCCUGGAUGCCUGGCAUGCAGCGGACAAUUCAGAGGACUUCUGGCACAGAUGGACCCAAGACAAAGUGACUGAAAUAGAGGAACAACCAGACUUGCCUGAGAAGCCCUAUGAGAUGGCUACGUGCAUGUUCACUCCUACAAGCGGCCUCUCCACAACUCUGCGGGAUAUUCUGACAGACCGCCCUGCUGUCUCCAAGUACCACAACUUCCUGAGGGGCUUCCAGAUGCACAAUGAGUACAUCCAGCAUGAACAGUUUGCAAGAUGGAAAGACACUUUGCUGGACACUUCUCCCAAUGAUCUGAGAGGCCACUCAGAGCACUUGGAGUUGGUGGAUGCAGCUUUCUUUUUUGAAACUAGCUGUCCACCCCUUAUGAGACCAGAGAGGAAAGUGGAUGUCAUCAUACACUUAAAUUACACUGGUGGAUCGCAGACCUUGCCUCUAAAGCAAGCUUGCAGUUACUUCUCAGAGCAGGGAAUUCCAUUUCCCAACUUUGGGCUGAAAGAUGAUGAGAAGAACCUGAAAGAGUGCUAUGUGUUCGAUGGUGCAGACUCCCCCGGAGCUCCUCUCCUGCUUUACUUUCCACUAGUGAAUGACACUUUCCAAAGAUAUGUAGCACCUGGCAUGUCUCGCAGUGCUGCAGAAAUGGAACAGGGCAAGGUUGAUCUCUCCAGUUUCUGCUCUCCAUACUCAACAAGGGAAGUGUCACUGAAAGCAGAAGAUUUCAACAAACUCCAGAAGCUGACUACUUACAACAUCAUGAACAAUGAGAAUAUGAUUAUUCAGGCCUUGCGCAUGGCUGUGGCUCGGAAGAAGCAGGCUCCAAGCCAGCCUGUAUCACAGGCACAGGCUACUGGUUGA